AUGGAUUUGGACGAUUUUGACAGCGCGAUUGGAGAUAGACCUCCUCCCCCUUCAUUGGCGUUGUACACCGCACAGGAUGCCGUCGACUAUAUCGACAUGGAGUGGUAUGCGGCGACAAACAGACGAGGUCGAUGGAUGGACUUGAUUGGUGACUACGCGGGGCAAGAACUUUUCGUCAUCGAUGGCGAUGCUCUUAUCCAGCAUGUGUUGGACGAUUCGCUCCUUGGCAUAGGUCGUCCUGACGACACCAGCUUUCAGCUGCCGCACGCAUUGCAUUCGCUUGAACGCAUGCUAGAAGAGUUCCUCAAUCGCUCGGCUGUGUUCGAGAUAGUAUUCUUCCAAGAGAACCGACAUCUCACACUGCAUACUGGGUCAUCGGGCUACGUUUUUGUAUCAAGGUCUUUGGCUCGUACACUUCUCGUGCGGCACCUGAAGCAACUGGAUAUCCCAGUACAUGUAUUCACUAACCUUGAUGACCCGUUGUGGACGCAAUAUAUGAAGUUCACGAAGCCGAUGUUUGUGAUGACCAACGACGGUGGAGUCCUGGAUCAAGAGUGCAACACGUUCUCUCUCCCAGAAUGCAUUCUUACUCAACGCAUUUUUAUCUACAUCCUCCUCUCUCAAGGAACCCCAGUCUCUCUGCUUCAAGGCGCUGAGUUCCGUGAUUCCAAGGUCAUGUCAUUUGUCUACGAACAGCGACUCGACCGCGGCGCUCGGAAGAGACUAGAUGGCAAGCUGUGGGCUGCAAGCUCUGCUGCGUUAGAGUCCUUGGAAGCCCAGGAAGUUCAUGCGCGGCAUGGCGUUCCAGUGGCUUCGCUGACGACUUUCUCGCCUCAAAGCCUGCAACCGCUGCCCCGUCAUGACCAUCAAGUUCUCACCAAUCUCGUACGAGCUGUAUCAUCGUCGACGACAUCGUCUAGUUUGGAGUUCAGAUACGAGCUUUUGUUUGCCUUCGUUGCGCAUCUACUUGUUGUACCGACGUUGUCCAUCGAGCAACGUGCCAGACCACUCAUGAGCUUGCAUCCUAAGCUGAAAAACCUCUUACUCGACUCUUUCCUUCCAUCAGUUUUCCUUGCAUUAGAGGAUAUCUCGUCCCAGGUGUCGAUCGAUGUCGAUGGUCACAUAUUCGCGGCACUACUCGCGUUCUUGUCGACGAACACCACCGCACCACUAGACACUCUCCUGGGGCCGCAGGUCUACUCUACACUUCACCACAUCUGGACAGUGUCUCUGAAGCUCCCACCCGUCGACUACAGGAGGUUCUGCGCCCAGUUUCCGCCCGUUGGUGUCAAGCAAGACAUCGUUGUAGCUAAGCCCCGCCCGUCAGGACUUCUGCCGUUCAGCCAUCCAGUCUUUGACAAUGAACUCAAGUCCAUCCGCGUGAACGUCGAGGGAGCAGUGGAAGAAGCCUCAGUAACGCACUUGGAGUUCGAUACAGUGUUCAAUGAUACCCAGCAUUGGCACGACAACAACAAAGCUAUUCUACCCGGGCGCAUGGGCGGCGAGGACGCCAAGCCGAUGGAUGAGUGGCAGCGUAGGCGAGCCUUGCGCCGCGAGCAGCGGUUCAUGUCCAGUAUGCAGUGGCAGGCUAGCACGCUCACGGGAGCGCUCGGUGCGACGCUACAACAGAUGGUGAUACAGUCUGCGAGUGUUCGGAAAGGGGAUGUUGGAAGUCGUAUAGCCAAUACCUUAUCUGAGAAACAGUCUCAGAAGACUCAGAAUGCGAACAAGAAGCCUAAAGCUGUACAUAUCUCUUCUGCGGACAAGAUACGACUGGCCAACGCAGCGAAGAAACAAUCGACGAAAGAUGACUCAAAUCGAGCUUGGUGGCAAGAGCAGCUCAACAGCAUGGCGAACAUGUCAACAGAGCUGAAAAUCACUACCACGGAGAACCUGCUGCGCAAUUCGCGCACAGAAGAAGGAUGGUUCGCCGUGGAGAUCCACCUCUACAGAUUGCAUCUCAAGUUUCAGCAAUGGAUCUACCAUCCCGAUCGCGAGAGUGCUGGCGUGCGCGACCAUUUUACUGUACCCAUCAUGCGAAUAGUGAAAGACGUGCAUGAGCGCAAGGGAUUGUUCCCUACUGCUGUCAAAAUCAUCGGAAAUGUCCUGACCGUCCUAGGGUUUGCUGACUAUAUACCGUCUCUGACGCCAGUGGAAGCGGACUUGGCUGCUGACCGUUCACUGAGCUUUGACUUUGUCAAACUCGUCAAGUCGAAGAGCAAGUCGUCGCUCUUCAAGUUCAUGCGCAUCGUGGAAGACCCCAUCGUUUGGCAACUACGUCUUUUCGGCGAGUUCAUGGACCGGAGCAUGGAUAGUCGGCCUGACUCCCGUGUCUCGUUCCAACCUGAUGCUUGGCAACGCCGAGUCCUCGAUUGUCUCGACGCCAAUCAGUCCGUGCUUGUCAUUGCCCCCACCAGUGCUGGCAAGACAUUCAUCUCAUACUAUGCCAUGGAGCAGGUUCUGAGGACAUCCGACAAUGGCAUACUGGUCUACGUAGCACCGACGAAGGCUCUUGUCAAUCAGAUCGCGGCAGAAGUCUAUGCCCGGUUCAAGAAGGAAGUCAAUGGAGGUAGCUGCUGGGCCAUUCACACCAGAGAUUACCGAAUCCACAAUCCGCAAAAUUGUCAGAUCUUAGUGACGGUGCCCGAGGUUUUGGCAACGCUGCUGCUGUCCCCUCCCCUGACACGCACUUGGACACCACGGAUUCGACGCAUCAUACUCGAUGAGAUCCACUCGAUUGGACAGCAAGAGGGAGGUGCGGUGUGGGAGCAGAUCAUUCUGCUCGCUCCUUGUCCUAUCAUCGGUUUGUCGGCCACGAUUGGUCACCCCGAGCGAUUCAAUGACUGGCUUCAAUCUGUCCAGGAAGCCCACGGCUACAAUCACACGUUCAUUCAACACCCGCACAGGUACUCUCACUUGCGCAAAUUCACCUAUCUAGUCCAAGAGAAGUCUCAGACGUUCACUGGGCUUUCCAACUACUCGAGUACCAACCGGCUCAAGUUCUUGCAUCCGGUUUCGAUGUUAUCGUUUGGUGCCCGAAACUCCGACCUUCCUUCAGACUUCUCUCUUGAGGCUGCGGACUGCCUAACGUUGUACCAGGCGUACCACAAAUGCCGUGGCAGGAUACCCUUCGAGCCCGGUGCCUUAGAUCCUUCGCAAUUUUUCUCGGGCUCUGCGCCCGCUCUCCUCAAGCAGAAGGAUAUCUUGCGCUAUGAGGUCGAACUGAAGACAGGGCUUUCCAAGUUGAUUUCUUCAUCAGAUCCUCAAGACGCAUCUUCAGCGCUCAAUGAUGUCAUCGGCUGCCUUGUAGAUCCUGCUCUGCAAAGUGUAGAUAAUCAAUACAUACCAUCGAGGACGGCGUUCUAUGAUAACCUCAUACAUCUUGUCUCGGACUUGCAUUCCUCUGGUGACCUGCCUGCAAUAUUCUUCCAGUUCGAUCGCAAAGCUUGCGAGAUCAUGGGGCAAUUGCUGUUAGAUAAUCUGGAGGCUGCUGAAGAUGACUGGCGCGCAAGAAGUCCUGAAUGGGCAAGGAAGAUACAACAGUGGGAGACCUGGAAAUUACAGGCAUAUGCCCGAGAGCGCCAGGCGGAACGACUGAAAAAGCAGAAGAAGGGCACGGAAGAGCAUGAAGUUGACCACGAGGUCAUGGCAUCAUGGGAGAGCUCGUUCGACCCUGCAGACCCUUCUCCGCAAUUUUCCUUCGCUGGCAUCUCUAAGUUCGAGAAGACAACGCUCGACGAGGAGAUCGAGUCGCUUUCGCGAUGGACGUCGGUCAAGCCUUGGUUCUUCAAGGCUUUGCGCAGAGGCAUCGGUAUCCAUCAUUCUGGAAUGAACAAACAGUACAGAACACUGGUGGAAAGCUUAUUCCGCUUGGGUUUCUUGAGAGUUGUGAUCGCCACGGGGACACUGGCUUUGGGUAUCAAUGCUCCCACCAAGACAUCUGUGUUUUGUGGCGAUUCGCCUUUCCUGACCGCGCUUAUGUAUCGACAAUGUGCAGGACGUGCUGGUAGGCGCGGUUAUGAUCUGCUAGGAAAGGUCGUAUUCUACGGUAUUGCCAUGGACAGAUGCCAGAGGUUGGUGCUGUCGCGGCUCCCAUCAUUAGGCGGAAACUUCCCAUUGACAUCUACCAUGGUGUUACGUCUCUUCAACCUUCUGCAAGGCUCGAAGAAGGAGCCUACCUCAGGAAAAGCCAUCGUCGGCUCUCCAUAUGCUCCUGUCGCCGAAAACGCCAUUCGCAGUCUGCUCAAGCUGCCUCACGUCAGUUUCGUGUCGGAAGCAGAGGAGCAGCAGAUCCUUCAUCACAUCAGAUUCAGCAUCGAUUAUCUACGUCGUGCCGGCCUGCUCGACCAUGAGGGCAAUCCUAUUAACCUUUUUGGCAUUGCUGCCCACUUGUAUUACACAGAACCAAGCAACCUCGCGCUCGUGGCCCUGAUGCACCGCGGAGUCAUACACAGGAUUUGCUCACACCCGGAUCUAAUCACUGCUAAGAAAGAUUUUCUCAUCCUCUUGUGCCAUCUAUUUGGGCGGAGGUACCUCUCUAAGUCAUAUGUUACAGAGAAGAACCUCAAGAUUCUCAUUCGCAAAUCUCCGUCUAUGGUCAUUCUUCCACCUCUCCCUGCGGACGCGCGAGAAGUACUAUUAGAGCACGACAAAGAGAUCUUGCAGGUGUUCACAAGUUAUGCGUUGACUUACGCUUCGCAGUACUCCAAGGAGCUUGGAGCUGAUUCGCAGCUGCCUCUCAGCCAACGCGCGUACCCGCUGAGCCACGACAACCCCAGCUCACCUUUCCGUGACUACCUGGACAGGACUGCUGUAAAAGUAUCGGCUCGCUCCCUCUUCGUAGCAAACUCCGGUCAUAGCGACUCCUUUCAGACAGUCAAAGAGCUGACGGGAACUAUUCGUCGCGGUUUGCACCUGAACGAACACGCGAUCCCGACUAUGCACCGCCUGACGACCAUCCCGGGUUCAGGAGACGAUUUCUACGCGCUCAACGCAUACCUGCUCGACUUCUACAUCCAUGGCCAGCCUGCGGCGUUGACCGCAGCGAACGGCAUCAGGCCUGGUGAUCUCUGGUAUGUCCUGCAGGACUUCGACCUGAGCCUGAAGGCCAUUCGUGCGGGUCUUGGGCAGCUGCUGCUAAAAGCCUCGAAGGCGAAGGAGGAUGCUGUUAGCGCCAGUGGAGAUAUCGACAGCGGUUAUGGGUCAUUCGACCCUGCAGAAGUGGACGUCGACGAGGGUGGUCCUGAUUCCGGAUCGCUCAAGCGACCUGUGGGUGUAUCGGAUCGCGAUUGGAAAGUGUAUGAGGUGAUCGAUACAGUAUCGAGGGAGUUCGAAGAGAAAUUCAGAGCUAUGUGGGCCUGA